CAAACAAUUUACACUUACAAUACUUUGAUGGCUAUUAAGAAAUGUUUCGGGUGGAUUGCUAUCACAAUGACAGUACUGGGAAUUUCAGGUAUCUUUCUGGCUGGCGUCGUUGGGCUAAUCUGGGGUCCUUUAUGUCUUCUGGGUAGUGAUGAGCUUCAGAAAGAAAUGCAAUGCAGACAAGUUGUGAGAAGUAAAUCAAUAUCUAUGGCCUUAAUAGUGUGUGGAAUCAUGGUGCUCGCAUUGACCAUAACUAUAGUGACCAUAGAAAUUAGAAUUCAGAUAGCAGAGCGGUUUGCAAAUAACUCGUCACAUGAUUCAAACAAGCCGGAGAACUCUCGAUACAACAUCAUUUAUACCGAACCCGAAAACUCCAUCAGAAAAUUAUCCAGAGAGGCGUACUCUAACUUAGAAUAUCUACAAACUGCACAGAAUGCAAUUGACGAAACUCUAGAAUCCACUAGCCGGCUCAAGCAGAAUAGAAAAAACGAAGAAGCCGAAUCGAAAAAUAUCGACGGUCUCGUUUGAUUUGCCGAACGACUAUCGAACAGGAAACUCCUCGCUUGUUCA